GUUAAAGAUGGCCACCUUAGCAACCACUCAUUGCGCUGAAAACCACUGCUCGCAGGGAGAGGGAGACCCUUACAGUGACAAUGUGGAUCAAAGACAGGCCAGACACAAAGCUGUACAGUUCCUCAGGGAAGCUGAGAAAAGCAGAAGGCUGAUUGAAAAGUUAGAGAAAGAGAGGACACUGAUUGUUCAGUGCAGGAAGAAUGGCUGGAUCGAUGUAUGUGGAGAAUUGGAAGACUAUUACAGAGUUCUGGAGGAAGAAAGAAAUGCAGCAAAGCUGAAUCUUAAAAAACAACUGUUGAAGAUUCACAAUGGUGUGAGGAAGUUUCAGAAACAGCUCAUAGAUGUGAAGCCAACUCCUGAAUUGAUUGAAAAACUAAAGGAAAUAAUGUCUGAGGUAGAGACCUCAAUCAACACACUAAAAGAGGAGCAACGCUCAAGCUUUGAAGAACUUUUAAAGGAGGAGAGGACGUGUAGACAAGAAAUCACUGCUUAUGAGAAGAAGAUUGAAAACUGGAGUCUUGCAGUAAAACCAGAUCCAAAAUGCUCCAAAGCUCCCAUUGUGAAGACCAAACCCUUAGACCGAGACCUCCCUGCUGAGGUCAGAGCCCUGGACUCUUUUCUGCAGAGGACAGGAGGAUCUUAUGGAGGUUGGGACCAAUAUGACCACCAAGCAUUCCUCAAGGUUUGGACAAAACACCGUGGGCAACCAUCCUACAGAGCGGAGGCCAAACUGUACCUGCCUGGUAAAACUCUGGAGGAGAUAGAGCAGCAUGAGGACUGGCAUCAGGAGCUGAUCCACCUACAAGACAGGAAGAGAGAGGCUAUCCAGCGUUGGAAAGCCAGUAAGCAGCAGCAACGCCAGGGCAGGAUACAGAGUCAGGAGGAGGCAGAGGAGGCAGAGAGGAAGGAAAAAGAGGUCAAGAUUCAAACUCAGAAGCACAGGACUGAAGAGGAGAGGAAGGAGGCAGCAUGGCGACUGGAGGAGUGGAAAAAAGAAAAGAGAAGGAAAGAGGAACAGGAAGAGGAGCAGAGACUGGCUGAUGAAAUACAAAAAAGAAGGCAGGAAAAGGAAGAACGGCGCCGUCAGCUGGAAGUAAAACUGAUCAUUGAGGAGCAGCUACGUCUGAAAAGAGAGGAAGAGGAGGAAGAGCAGAGGAGGAGAAGAGAAGAAGAACUGAGAGAGAUGGAGGAAAGGAGGAAGGAGGCAACAAAGGGCAUCAAGCGCUUCAAUGAAAGGGACCUUCAUAAAGUGGAGGCUAAGCUUCAGGAGAAACAGCUGAGGAGCAAAAAGGAAGAAGAAAGACAGAAGAGAAUUGCUGCAAAGUUAAGGGAAAAGGUGGAUGGUCAAGUCAACAGAGACCCCUCCAGGCUCACCCGGCCCACCAAGGGAUGGGAGGAGCGAAUGAAGCACAUUGGACCCUCAGGAGGAGGACCUGUGCUCCAGAUGUUUCACAGAGCGGUUCCCUCUUGGAGACAAGGCCUGUGAUGAUGCCAACCACUACUCCUGAGCCUGAUGUAUAUUCACAAAGUGACCUACACCAGUCAGUCACAACAUUCUGACCACUGACAGGAAAAGUGGUAUUAAUGUUGAUUAUCUCAUUACAAUGGGACCUGCCAGUGUAGGAUAUAUUCGACAGCAAGUGAACUUUUAAACCUCAAAGUUGUGUUAGAAACAGCAAACUGGGCAAGAGUAUGGAUCUGAACAACUUGGACAAGGGAGAAAUUGUAAAGGUCAAACCACUAAGUCAGAGUAUCUCCAGAUGUUGUUGUUAUUCCCAGUGGAUUCCAAGUGGUUAGUACCAGAAGUGGUCUAAAGAACAACAACAGCAUCUCAACCAAUCGAGCAUCUAUGGGAUCAGAACAUUAUUACCACCUGUCUGAUAUUGUCUAGGUUCCACUUUUUCCUCAAAAACAGCUCUGACCCGAGGCCUAGACUCCACCAGACCUCUGAAGGUGUGCUGUGGUAUUUGGACCAAGACAUUAUCAGCAGAUGCUGAAGUCCUAGAAGUAGAGAGGUGGGGCCUCCAUGGAUUGGAUUUAUUUGUCCAACACCUCUCACUGAUGCUUAAUAAGUCUAAAAUUGAGAUUUCCCUCCUUUGUCCAUUUUUGGUCGGUAGGCUACUAACCACUGUAGACUAGGAACACCCAACAAGGCCUGCGGUUGUGGAGAUGCUCUGACCCAGUCAUCACCAUUACAAUAUGGACUUGGUCAAAGUCAUUCAGUUCCAGACAUUGCUCAUUUUUGUUGCUUCCAAAACAUCAGACUAAGUAUAUUCAACUCAGUAAAAGGUGCUGUUACAGUGAAAUAAUAUGAUUAACACCACUCCAGUCAGUGAUUGUAAUGUUACGGGUGAUAAGUAUAGAUGAACCAUUUUGUGCCUUCAUAUGUAUAUUUUUAUGUGUAUAUGUGCCCUCACAUGGUGUGUCCUCUUGAUUAAUGUCUGUCUUUCAAAUAAACUAUUGACAAAUUUAUCACUUUUUGA